CAUGGCGGCUAGUGAAAGUGGUGUGCAGGAAGAUAUUGUUAAUGAAAAGGAGGAUUCUCUGACCUUCGCAUUUCUCUCCCUAACACAAGUUAGUUCUCUUUUAGAGCAAGAUGUGAAUGGAGUACAAAGCAAAAUGGAAGAGAUCCUUAACUUUAGUGAGUGCCAAACAAAUCUGAAGGAAUCUGUACUAGUGGACUAUUAUGUAUCUGGAUUCUGGUGGGGAAAAGAGAGAAAUUUUACAUCCCAGCAGCUAGCAGGGUUCAUGGAGUUACUACAUAAUCUAAUGGUCAAUCUUGAAACACGGCAUGUGAAACUUGAAGAGAACUUAAUAGAACUGUCAAGAACCAUGACAGGCAUAGGAAAAAGUCACCUUACUAGAAAAGGAAGCCUUCAUUUCUUCACUGUUGAACAAGCUAAAGAUAUCAUUGACUACUUGAAAAUCAGCUUAUUUCAACACUACAGGCUUUAUGAAUACAUGUUCAAGUUCCCAAGAGAUGAAAUGGUCAUAUGUGCACAGCAAGUUAUAGAGACUGCGAAACCAGCAGACACACCUUUCCCAGCCCCUCUGGAAGAAGGUAUACCUUCGGCAUUCCACUCUAAAUAUUUAUCUCCACCAACCGUCUUGUUACAAGAUACAGAGGAAACUAAGGCUGAGAUAAAUGAAAUGUUGAAGGUGGAGGAAGAGGCCUAUACUGCAAAAAUAGAAAUCUUGGAAAAGCCAUGACAUUCUCAGCAAACUGUUCAGAACUUCAAAUAUCACAUCAUGCUGUAAAAUUCUCUAGAGAUCCUUAUUUAUUACCGUGCCAAACAAAUCCUUACACACACUGUUAUAUUUAUACAUAUAUAGUAAAAUGUGUUUUUGACAAGACAUUUUAUUAUUUUUGACUUACAGCAGAAAAAUGCAUUUGGGUGUUAAAAAG